GCUCUUAUCCUCUCUUAAAACCUUUUGUCCCAACAAAACAAAAACUCUUAUAACGACCAAAAAAAACAGAACACAACAAAACAUCCAACGAUGUCAAGUUCGGUCCGAAAGAACAUGGAGCGGAUUAAAGGUCCAUGGAGUCCAGAAGAAGACGAACUAUUACAGAGUCUGGUGCAGAAGCACGGUCCAAGAAACUGGUCUCUGAUCAGCAAAUCUAUCCCCGGACGCUCCGGCAAAUCUUGCCGUCUCCGAUGGUGUAACCAGCUAUCUCCGGAGGUCGAGCACCGUGGCUUUUCGCCGGAAGAAGACGAGACGAUUAUUCGAGCGCACGCUCGGUUCGGUAACAAGUGGGCGACGAUCUCACGUCUCCUCAGUGGAAGAACCGACAACGCAAUCAAGAAUCAUUGGAACUCAACGCUCAAGCGAAAAUGCAACGGAGUUGCAUCUGAUGGGUAUGACGGUAAUAUAGGAGAAGAGCAACCGUUGAAGCGUACGGCGAGUGGUGGUGGUGUGUCUACUGAGUUGUAUAUGAGCCCCAGAAGUCCUUCUGGAUCUGACGUCAGCGAGCAAUCUGGUGGUGGUCCACACGUGUUUAGAUCUGGUGCUGUGAAUGAGAUGACGGCGUCAUCGUCCGGUGAAGAUCCGCCUACGUAUCUAAGUUUAUCUCUCCCUUGGAAUAACCGUUAUGAGACGGAGAAUGUUAGAGUCAACGAGUCAACUGAACAAAACGAGAAUACGGUUAUUGAUAAUGGUUACACGGCGGAGCUAUUUCCGGUUAGGAAGGAAGAGGUAGAAGAAGAGAAAGAGAUGUCAGGAUUUGGUGGUGAGUUCAUGACGGCGGUGCAGGAGAUGAUUAGGACGGAGGUGAGGAGUUACAUGGCGGAUUUACAGCGAGGGAACAUCGGAGGUGGUGGUGGUGGUUCGUGUAUGCCGCAAAGCAUAAACAGCCGUCGUGUCGGGUUUAGAGAGUUUAUAGUGAACCAAAUCGGUAUCGGGAAGAUCGAGUAGAGUGAUGACUCAUAAGUGAGUCUUCAAGCUUUUCAUGUAUAGAGCCGAGCCAGCAAUGGUUAGAGAGACAGAAGCAAAUCAAAAAAUGUUUUGUAAUCAUAUAAUCUUUCUUGAUUCAAAUCAAAAGGAAGCAAGAUUAGACA